AUGCCCAUUAUGCUUCAAAGAGACAGCGGCAUUGGCACUGUCGACGACACCGCCACCCAUGAUCUCCCUUCCCUAAAACGAGGCAAUCUACAGAGACAAGCAGGACAGCCACGAGACGUCUCAAAUCGCGCUGUUCUACCGGAGAGAUGGCAGUCAAUAACAAGAAGUUUGCGGGGGCAGAAGUACAGCUUCUGCAUCGACAUCAAGGACCCCGACACCAGGAUGGAUGCAGAUCAUUCCAAGUUCAACCCGCGGAUUGUGCAAGUCAUCGACGAUGCCGCGGAACUUGACAGAUCUUGA